GUAGCCAGGCAUCUAUUUUACCGGGCAUAUGCCCGGGCAACUUUUUGCUUUGCCCGCGUAUUUUAGGUGACAUAAAUUCAAGUUCAACGCAUUUCUAUAAACAGUCGGGAACACCGUGAUAGAGGAGUCCCGCCCACGGAACUGUCCCGGAUGCCGACUAAUAUCAAUUCUCAGCGUCUGAUUCGUUGAAUUCGCUCAAUGCAGGAGAAGAUGGAUGCGUCAGAGUCUAACGCUAAGCGUAGAAAGCGAAAGCGACAUACUGUGACUCUGAAUGACUUUUGGGGACCCAAAAGAAUUGAAAACGGUGACAAAACGGGCGAUUCAGACGAUAUGCCUAACAAAAUUCAGCAAGCCAUACCUGAAAGCGCUGAGUCUGCCUACGAAGCCCCGGAUGAUUCUGGUUCUGGAGAAGACAUGGCAAAUACCGAGCCUGGUAAUGCUAGGAGUACUGUGUGUUCAACAUCUUUGGAGAUCAUAUCAAAGUUGGACAUUUCCACGAGGUUUCAGAGCGGCCCUUCCCAACCGGUCUGUCAGUUUCCUUCUAAAAAUUUUGGAAAGGGAAAACACUCAUGUAGAAGAUCGUUUGUUGCCACCUGGUACACAACAUAUCCAUGGUUGGAAUACUCGAUAAAAUUUGACCGAGCCUACUGCUUUGCCUGUCGUCAUUACUGCCUUGGCAGUGCAAGCGGCCGUCAAAACGUCAUUAGAGUUCUUACGCCGGUCAAAGCAGCUUUUCCGCAUCUUAUAUCUGCCUUGCAGAUAGCGUUGACUGUUGGGGUGACAUCUGCCUCAUGUGAGAGAACUUUCUCUAGUUUGAAGAGGCUGAAGACUUACACGAGACAAUCGAUGCUGCAAAGCCGAAUGAACAGUCUAGCGAUUUUGACCAUAGAGAAAGAUGUAGUUGAAACGUUAGAUUUAGAGAGGGUAGUUACAAAAUUUGCAAGUUUAGAAUUUGGAAGAUGCCGAAGAUUAAGUCUAGUUAGCAAAAGCACAAAAUUUUAGUGCUCUAUAGAACAGCUUGUAUUCUA